ACGGAUAUGCUCUCUUAACCGUUCGAUCCUUCAGAUUCUUUCUUCUUUUAUGACGCUAUAUAUAUGCUCUAACUGCACUUAUCGUUGAACUUUUGGCUUCUUUGACGAAGAGAAGGAUCUGUUCGAGAGAGAAGAACCGCCGUAGCGACUUCAGAUGGCUCGUACCAAGCAAACUGCCCGUAAGUCUACUGGAGGAAAGGCUCCAAGGAAACAGUUGGCUACAAAGGCUGCUCGUAAGUCCGCCCCAACCACCGGAGGAGUGAAGAAGCCACACAGAUACCGUCCUGGAACUGUUGCUCUUCGUGAAAUCCGUAAGUACCAGAAGAGUACUGAGCUUUUGAUCAGGAAGUUGCCCUUCCAGAGGUUGGUCCGUGAAAUUGCCCAGGACUUUAAGACUGAUCUGCGUUUCCAGAGCCAUGCUGUUCUUGCAUUGCAAGAGGCAGCCGAGGCUUACCUUGUUGGAUUGUUCGAGGACACCAAUCUCUGCGCCAUUCAUGCAAAGCGUGUGACGAUAAUGCCCAAAGAUAUCCAGUUGGCUCGGAGAAUCCGAGGUGAACGUGCUUAGAAGAUGUUGUAUUGUUGUUUGGUGAAUGGUAUUGGCUGCAAAGGAGGUGAUCAAAAGACCUAAUUGAUGAUGAUGAUGAAGGGAUGAUGAUGGGGGUGGUUCUUAUUUUUUGUUUUUAGCAAGGGUUGGUAGUAUAGUUUUAUACUAGAAAACUUGUAGUGAAUAUGGUAAAAAAGGCAUAAUGCUUUUGGUUGUGCAUGUUAAUGUUUAGUUGUGGAUGAUUUUGUUUUUUGUUCUUUUAAAAAGGAUGGAGGAGCUUAAUUCUGUAUUUCCAUUGAUGAAUUGUGUUUUUGGGGUAUUGCAGCCAAACUAAUAUUUGUUGGAUAACCUAAACCUAUCAUAUCUAAUUUGUAGUUCAGAUUUGUCUCGAUUCA